AUGUGUGUUUUACAGAACAAACAUACUAAAAACUACUUUAACCUACCGAAAGGCGGCACCGGCCCUCCUGGCCCGAAAGGCGGCACCGGCCCUGCUGGCCCGAAAGGUGACCCCGGCGCUCCUGGCAAUAAAGGUUCCGACGGUGCCCCCGGGCCCGCAUGCCCGGCAGGACCAGUAAUCACCAACAUCCAGGUUAUCUGUGAGGGCAACUCGGUCACCAUCUGCUGUCCAGUAAGCAUGAGGAUCGCUCAGGCGUCGGCUAUCUACGGCCGGCGGGAGGGAGAGAAAGUCUGUCCGACCAAAUUCGCCAGUCUAUGCCAGCGCUACAACGACGUCACGGCGCGCGUGUCGACGUGCAACGACCAGCAGUGCUGCACGAUAAGGUCUGCGAAUCUCAAGCUGGGCGGUGACCCCUGCCUAGGCAUACGAAAAUACGCAGUCGUCACGUGGGAUUGUCGCUUGGGAGAGUAGAAAGCUGAUUGGUGACGAUCGACUGAUACACCUGUCGACAGGUAGACAACCGGCGUCGCGAUUAGGAGCGUUCUCAAAACGAUGCUGAGCAACGAGGUGCCAGUGGCACGAACGUUUUGUAUUGUGUAGCGGAAUAGUAUUGCCGCCCCGUCUGUCUGGCUUCUUCGCCAUACACGUGUUAGCAUACAUCAAAGUAAAAAAAAU